AUGUGGAGAAUCGGAGACUACAGCGUUCGGCUCGGUCGCCAGGCCGGCACCAACAACCAGGGCGUGGAGGCGACGGCCCUCGGCAACAGGGCCGGCGAGACGAGCCAGCAUGAGCACGCCGUAGCCAUCGGCCACAGUGCAGGCAACACGAACCAGGGCCUGGACGCCGUGGCCAUGGGGUACAGCACAGCAUACAAUAACCAGAGCGAGGGCGCGGUGGCCAUUGGACGGAAUUCUGCAUAUGUCAGUCAGGGGGCUGAGUGUGUGGCCAUCGGCUCGGGUGCUGCCCACACGAGCCAGGGGUCCGACGGGAUCGCCAUCGGGUCGAGUGCGGGGCGGGACGCCCAGGGCAGCUUUGCGAUUGCCCUCGGCCGCGAGGCCGGCCAGACCAGGCAAGCGGCCAACGGCAUCGCGCUCGGGCGACGGGCCGGCUACACAAUGCAGGGCCAAGCGGGCGUGGCGGUGGGCAGCUCGGCGGGCAACGCCAGCCAGGGCGAGUAUGCGAUAGCCAUUGGGGACAACGCCGCCAGCUCUAUGCAGGGCGUCUACAGUGUAGCCAUUGGCAAUGUUGCUGGGCGCACAGGCCAGGGCAAGAGCGCCGUAGCGGUGGGGCGGAGCGUCGCUGAGUCCGCACAGGGCGACCUCGCGACGGCCGUGGGGGCGUACGCCGGGCAGGAAAUCCAGGGCGGCGCUGCAGUAGCAGUUGGCAGCUCGGCUGGCAAGACACAGCAGGGGGCAAAUGCUGUGGCGGUGGGCUACGGCGCUGGCCAGUCGCAGCAGGGGGCCAAUGCGGUCGCAAUUGGAAGCCAGGCGGGCGCGUCGUACCAGGCGGAGGGCAGCAUUGUGCUCAACGCCAGCGGGAAGGCACUGGACGCCCCUGAGAGCGGCCUGUACAUUGAGCCGGUUCGGGAAAACGUGUCCGACUUUACUCUGUAUUAUGAUACGGACACAAAGGAGAUCACCUAUGGCGAGACCUUGACCCUGCCCGACGGGGGCGUAGAUGUCGCAUCGGGGGCCUGUGUGUCUGACUACCUGCGAUGGAACGGCACUGCGUGGGUGUCGGGGGGCUCGAAUGUGGCGCUGGCCUGUGGCGCGGGGGGCACGAACCAGGGCUCUGGGGCUGUGGCCGUGGGAAAAGGCGCAGGCCGGGAGACCCAGGGCGGCUCUGCUAUUGCCGUGGGCGACUCGGCGGGCGAGUCGCAGCAGGGUGAAUCAGCCGUGGCCGUUGGCAACGGUGCGGGACAGUCGCAGCAGGGGGCCAAUGCGGUCGCAAUUGGGAGCCAGGCGGGUGCGUCGUACCAGGCAGCAGGCAGCAUUGUGAUCAACGCCAGUGGCAAGACACUGAACGCUGCGGCCAGCGGUCUGUAUAUGGACCCGAUCAGAAAAUCAGGCUAUACGAAUGGCGUUCUGUACUACGACGCGACCACAAGGGAGAUUACGUAUGGCGACCCUAUAGUGCCAGAGGAGGGUGGUGGUCUCGAUGUGGGCUCUGGGACCUGUGUGUCGGACUACCUGCGAUGGAACGGCACUGCGUGGGUGUCGGGGGGCUCGAAUGUGGCGCUGGCCUGUGGUGCGGGAUCAACGGACCAGGGUGAUGGCGCUGUCGCGAUUGGACAGGACGCUGGCACCUCAAGCCAGGGGGUCGGUGCGGUGGCGCUGGGGCAGGACGCUGGCUCAACGAGCCAGGGGGUCGGUGCGGUCGCGAUUGGGCAGGACGCUGGCUCAACGAGCCAGGGCGGCGCCUCGGUCGCGAUUGGGCAGGACGCUGGCUCAACGAGCCAAGCCGAGAGCGGCGUUGCGAUCGGGUCGGCGGCCGGCGAGACGAACCAAAAACCGUUCGCGGUGUCACUGGGGGCUGAGGCCGGGCAGACGACUCAGGGGCAGAACGGGGUUGCGCUCGGGUACCGGGCCGGCAACUCGGACCAGGGCAUCAACGCCAUCGCCAUUGGCUAUCGGGCUGGCGAGACCAAGCAGAGCACGGGCAGCAUCUCGAUCAAUGCCAGUGGACUGGCACUGAAUCCCACUAGUCAGGGGUGCUACAUCAGUCCCGUUCGCAAUAUUAACAUGAGCGACAAUGUCCUGUACUACAACACUGUCUCCAAGGAGAUUGUCUACGGCGACCCGAUCAAAGAAACGGAGCCCGGGGACUUUGUGUCGGACUACCUGAGGUGGAAUGGCACAUUCUGGGUCAACGGGGGCGAAGAGGUCGCGCUUGGCGGCGGAGCCGGCUCGUACAGUCAGGGGGACGCGGCGGUGGCUGUUGGGAAGAACGCCGGCAAGACGGGGCAAGGAGCCAAUGCGGUGGCAAUCGGCAACUCGGCGGGCGAUCUGAAUCAGACGGCCGGCAGCAUCGUCGUCAAUGCCAGCGGGCUGCCGCUCAAUGCGCCCGAGCAGGGGCUGUAUGUGGACCCCAUCCGCAAUGCGGGUGCCACGCCGAACGCGCUGUACUACGAUACUGAGCUGAAAGAGGUCGUGUACGGUGCAGCUAGUGUCAGCGAGGGUGUUACUGAUGGCGGGUGUGUAUCCGACUACCUGCGCUGGGAUGGAACAGACUGGGUGCGUGGGGCGGACAAGGUGGCCAUUGGCUGCGGCUCGGGGGCCAUUGACCAGGGUGCGGACUCGGUGGCCAUUGGCAAAAACGCUGGUGCAUCAGGACAGGGUUCGUCCUCUAUCGCAAUGGGACUGGGUGCUGGUACGACAAACCAGGGUGCGGCCUCGGUGGCGAUUGGCAACAACGCUGCUGCAACGGACCAGGCCGAGGACUCUGUGGCGAUUGGUACAUCGGCGGGACAAACGUCACAGGGUAUUGGAGCCGUAGCUCUCGGUCCUUCAGCGGGAUCAACCUCUCAAGGCAAUGGAACUGUCGCCAUUGGUGUUCGUUCAGGGGAGAUAAAUCAGGGCAUGCAGGGGAUCGCUAUAGGACUAGAUUGUGGCAUAACAAAUCAGGGUGAAUGGUCGGUUGCCAUCGGGCCCGAAGCCGCCGAAGAGAAUCAAGGUACAAAAUGUGUCGCAGUGGGACGUGAAGCAGGGCGAUUUGGUCAGGGUGAUGAUGCGGUUGCAUUGGGUUACCUAGCCGGUAAGACUUCCCAGGGAUUACGCGGCGUAGCAAUAGGGUCGUACGCCGGUGCGUUUAAUCAGGGUGCUGGAAGCAUUGCUAUUGGUGCGAAUGCGGGAAUGGCAGAUCAGCACGAAAAAACUAUAAUACUCUUCGCAAACGACGGAGACAAAGAUGGAGAACGUCUUUAUUCAACACAGUCUGAUUCAUUCUUCGCCUCCAGCAUCCGCAACGCUGCGGGCCCACACGCGCUGACCUACAAUCCCGCCACCAAGGAGAUCUCGUACUCCACGUCCAACUCGGAGACCAAGGAAAACAUUGUGCCAAUCGACAACUCGUUUAUUCUAGCGCUCGAGAACCUCCCCGUCUACCAGUUUAACUACAAGAACAAGAACAAGUACCUUGUGGACUCGGAGCAGCCAGCGGCGGUAAGCUUUGCAGAUUGGGCGGCAGAGCACGACGAGAUCGACGACGACGACAGGGGCGCGUACGAGGCGUACCUUGAGGAGCAGGCGUCAAGCUAUGUCCCCCCGGUGCCUGUCGAAAAGGAGGAAACGCACUUUGGCAUGAUGGCCGACGAAGUGCAGGCGCUCGCCCCCGAGCUCGUGUACGAUGACCUGGACGGCAAGGCGCACGACAUUAAAUGGAACAGCAUCAUUUCACUCCUAGUACUGCAGUGUCAGCUGCAGGAGAAGCGGAUCGACGAGCUAGAGUAUCGCUUGUCGUAUGAAGAUUAA